CAGUUCGCCGCGCGACUCCCUUAACUUCGGCCGGGAACUGAAAGAGAAGCCCGAGCUGAAAGUAAAAAAUAAAAACAAAAAAAGGAGGAAAAUAAAUCGAGGUGGCCAUUUAGUGUCUACUUUUAUAAUUACGACUGUGCAAAUAAGCAAACAUGAUAUACUAAUUUCAAUUAUUGUCGGAGCGAUUUAAUGAGUGAAUUGUGGGUGUUAUUUGAUAGACAAUUUUGUGAGAAUUGCAUUUGCCUUUUAGUUAGUGUGCCCUAAUUGUACAACUGUAGUUAAAACUUUUUACAUCUAUUUAAAAGCAAUUAUUAACUAAUUUGUACGUCGUGAGCGUGUACGUCAUAUAAUAAACAAUAGCUACCCAUUCCUGCUUGUGUGUAUUGGAGUCCCUGGCGGUAUGUGAAGUAGUGGGUCAUUUUUAUAUAAGCCGCCCUAGAAGAAUAUGAGAAAAUCACCUGGGUCCCAGGAGCCUUGGAUUUCGAUACCGUGUUCUGCCUCGUGACAGUCUAAAGAAUAAUGGGAAGCAUACCCACACCCACAUCACAACAAUGGCCCACAUAAAACUGGACACCCUCGAUGUGGUGCAACGUUCCAGUACCACCCGCAGGAGCAACCCCAAUAGCGGUCGAAGUAGCGCCUGUAGCUCUGGUAGCCUCUCACCAGUGCCCAUCAUUCCGAUCAUUUCGAUUAGUCGUGAAACUGACGAUUCCGAAUCUGAGUCAGAGUUCGAGGCAAAGCCAACACGUUUAUUUCAACGGAGUUUGUCCACCAAACGCACAAAAAACUUGGCUGCUACUAUAAAGGAAGGAUUUUUACUGAAGCACACGUGGUCUUUUCAACGCUGGCGCCGCCGCUACUUUCGACUGAAGCGAAAUAUCUUACUUCAUGCCAAGGAUGAAAAGUGCGAUGUUCUCGAUGAAAUUGAUCUGUCCGACCUGUGCUAUUUUGAGUGCGGCAUCAAGAACGUAAAUCAUAGUUUCCAGAUAAUCACUCCUACUAGAUCCUUGGUACUUUGCGCCGAAUCCCGCCGAGAAAUGGAGGAUUGGCUCGGCAGCCUCAAGACGGCGACAACGCCACAACGACCGCGCGGCGACAGCUUCUUGAUUGAACAGCACGACAUCCUGUCGAACCACCAUCACUGGUACGCCACCUCCCAUGCCCGACCCACCUACUGCAACGUCUGCCGGGACGCGCUCUCGGGAGUAACCUCCCACGGACUCAGCUGCGAAGUCUGCAAAUGCAAGGUCCACAAGCGAUGCGCGGCCAAGUCCAUCGCCAACUGCAAAUGGACGACGCUGGCGAGUGUGGGCAAGGACAUCAUCGAGCAGGCGGACGGGAUCAUCAUGCCGCAUCAGUGGAUGGAGGGCAACCUGCCCGUCUCCUCCGUAUGCGCCGUUUGCAAGAAAACCUGCGGAUCGGUCCUGCGCCUCCAGGACUGGAGGUGCCUUUGGUGCCGAGCAACUGUUCACGUGGCAUGCCGACCGCAGAUGGCGGUUGCAUGUCCGAUUGGACCCGCUAAGCUAUCGGUGGUGCCGCCGACGAGUGUGCACUCCAUCAGCACCGACGAUGCCUGGGACGUUGUCAGCCCCAAGGGGAACUUCUCCCCACUCCUAGUUUUUGUCAACUCCAAGUCUGGCGAUAACCAGGGCGUUAAGUUCCUGCGCCGCUUCAAGCAGUUACUUAAUCCGGCCCAGGUCUUUGAUCUUAUCUCUACGGGUCCGAGCCUGGGCUUGAGACUAUUCAGACACUUUGAGAUGUUUCGCAUCCUGGUGUGCUCUGGAGAUGGAUCCGUGGGCUGGGUGCUCAGUGAGAUCGAUCGUUUCAACAUGCAUAAACAAUGCCAGGUGGCGGUGAUGCCUUUGGGAACUGGGAACGACCUGGCUCGGGUUUUGGGCUGGGGCUCCAGUUGCGACGAUGACACCCAUCUCCCACAGAUCCUUGAGAGGUACGAGUCGGCCAGCACAAAGAUGCUCGACCGCUGGAGCAUCAUGGUCUUUGAAAAGGCCAUAGCCGUGCCCAAGACGCCAAAGAUGUCCAUCACCACCGAGCAGGAGGCCCUUCUCACCGGCAUGGUGACUUCAGCCAACCAUCACUUACGCUUCAUUGUGGAAACGAACGACACCCAGACGCUGAUCAGCUCAACCCAGAGUCUGUGUGAAACGAUUGACGAUUUGGUGAAUCGCAUCUCGGAGCAUCACAGGGAAGACGAACAACUGGCCGUGAAGUGCGAUAUCCUGAGGCAGAAGCUGAGCAUGCUGCUGGAUGCCCUGCAGGAGGAGGAGAUGGGCGCCCACAGCGGAGACGACUUGAUAGCCACCAUUAGGAGUCUUAUUGCAAGAAGUAUUCCUGAGGCCCCUGGAAGUAGUGCUCCCCUGCUCAACCCCAGCAUAUCCAUUGAGAAAAAUGAAAAGGAUCAGAUUAAUACAAAGGAACGCCGCAGCAGUCGCUCCCUUCGCUCCAGUGAAAAGGAGGCCUUGCAGUCCCGGGCCAAUAGCGUGAAGAGGGCCAUUUAUAAUGUAGUGGAGCACUCGGAACCUGGCCGCCCGAAACGCUAUCAGCGCAAGCUUUCGAUCACUCCCUUCGAGGCGCUGAAGAUUCCCACCACCACGGCCUCGGGAGACUCGACACCCUGCAGUUCCCCUCUACCGAUUAUUCCGCCGAUCAAUAUUAUUUCGCCGACCAUGGAGACCUCGCGGCUCACCUGCAUUUCCCCCCUGCCGGAUACGCGGCGCGAUUCCGUGGACGAGAGCUUCUUUAACAGCAUUAGUCUGCCGGCUCCGCGGCAAUUUGCCGACAGCCGACGGAGCUCCGGGGUGGAUGUCAUCCAGGAAAUCGAGGAAAGCGCAAACGGGGAAACGGUCUACCGCAUGGGCCGCAUGUCCCUCUCCGGAGGAGCCAAUAUCGAUGAUGCUGGGAAUCUCCUCCCAGCAAGCAUUGAAUCUCCCGCCGACCGCAAGGUGGACUUCCUGCGAGUGCCCAUACUCACGGGCGAGCCGAUAGUGGACCCACUUUCCGACUACCGACCUAUCGAGGUGUUCGAACGCACCUACUACAUGAAUCGAGAACUCGACAGGGGGAAGGAGGGAAUUGAAGAGAAGAAGGUGGAUCCAGAGAAGGAGAAGUCCUGCGGCACGGACGUGGAGAAGGAGGACAAUAUGCCCACCGAGAAGCAAGCACUGGUACAUAUUUGUAACCUGCAGGUACCCGGCAUUGUCGUUACCCCCAACUCCCAAAAUGUUUACACAAGCGCCAGUCUAACAAUCAUUGACACCGAUGCACAGACCACCACUGAACAGUCGUCCUCCGAAGAAAUAAUGGGAGAGGCUAGCGACGUGCUUUCCGCGAUUAGCAAUGAGGAGUGCAGCGUGGCCUCCGAAAUUUUCGACAAGCAGGAUGCUGGUCAUACUCUUGGGGAUAUUAUUCAGAGUCUCGAUGCCAGCAACUUUACACACAUCGACUCCCCGGAGACCAGCGACGAGACGGAGGCCAUGCCCGGCGAGAGCAUUAUGGACGACAUCAGCUCUGUCCUGGGCCACGACAUAACCUAUGCCCUGCAGGACAGCACCUUGACCGACGACACCACCACGCUCUGCUCCGAGCAUGUCGGACCACCGAAGCCGCCGCGCAAGAAGUCCCUGAGCGCCCUGACCCGCGGUCACUCGCAUCCGCGCCGACGUAACUCUUCGCCGCCGCGAAUGGCGCGUCUGGCGCGGAUGGACAGCGACGACAAUCCCCAGCAGUUUGGGUUCGAGAACAUCGUGUUCGAGAUCGACAAUCGGUGCGACGACCAGAAGAUGCGAGAGCCGCCGCGAUACUGCAGCCUCGCCCAGUUCGUGGAAGGUAACGAUAUAGCGCGUCAGAGCUUCAAGCGUAACAAAAAGAGAACCUCACUGAAAAACACUACAACCACUGCACUCGUAUCCCAACAGCAGCUGAUGCUAGAUCAGCAGAAGCAACAGAAGGAUCAAUUGCAACAACAACGAAGCAACGACAACGAUUUCGAGGAAUUGGAAUUGGAAGCCGAGGCCCAACAAACGCCAACGAAUACCAUGACUAAUCUUAUGGCUACCACCAGUGAAGAUGAGCUGUCCACGCAGACGGCCAUCAAAAUAGAAAUACAAGACGUUGAUGCCACAAUGCGCAACACGACAAUCAACUCCGUCUCCGGUAGCUCCAAUGGCAGCAUGAGGGCCAAUACGAUACUGACCUCGUCGACCUCGCCCACUAAGAAAUCGGGCCAUGGACAAGAUGUAAAGCGCAUAACUUUUGAUGAGUCGUGUAAGAAAGAAUCCUUUGAUGAUGUAAAUCCCAACUAUCCACAGAUAAGUGUUGUUGUGCGCCCGCCGACGCCAUUGCGCGGCGAUUCGGUAAAGCCCUCGGGAUCUUUGCUGUCGGACGGCUCCGCAGGAGCUAUAUCCAUGGCGAUGGGGUGCUCCAGUUUACUGGGGGUAAGGGCGAUGAACGCUGAAAUUCGGCGCCACUCAAGCCAUGCACCCGGCUUGGCCGUUCGCGAGAUCGACAAGGACAAGGACCGUCGACACUCUGGCUUCAAUCCCAACCUGCUGACUCUGGAUCCGGAGCAUGCACGCUUCUUAAGCAGCUCUCCGGCAGCCAGCCGCAGGAUAAGCUGCGGUAGCCUCUUCAAGCCGAACGAAGCUCUGCCGAAUCUCCAGACUCUGAAGGGCUCCAAGUCGAGCCUGUUCAUGGGCUCCACCCUCUUCGGCUUCGACCAGUUUGCAGGCGGAGACAAGGAAAAGGACGAAAAGGGUUGCAAGGACAAGGAGAAGACACCCACCGAAGAGGCAGGCCGGAAAUUGCCGAUUAUCAAUCCUUUGGUGCGAUUACCCAACUGGCCAAACCUUGCUAACGGCGGUGGCUUUAUAUCCAAGUGUCUGCUCGCCAAUGCUGAUACCCUUUGCGCGGCUGUUAGCCCGCUUAUGGAUCCUGACGAAACCCUACUUGCCGGCUACCACGAAAAGUGCGUAAUGAACAAUUAUUUCGGUAUCGGCAUCGACGCAAAGAUCUCGCUGGACUUCCACAACAAGCGCGAGGAGCAUCCGGAGAAGUGUCGGUCCAGGGCACGCAACUACAUGUGGUAUGGAGUUCUUGGAUCCAAGCAGCUGUUGCAGAAAACCUGCAAGAACCUCGAGCAGCGUGUGCAGCUGGAGUGCGACGGUCAACGCAUCCCCCUACCAGAACUCCAGGGUAUCGUAAUCCUGAACAUUCCCAGUUUUAUGGGCGGCACUAACUUUUGGGGCAGCAGCAAGAAAGACGAUAUUUUCUUGCCCCCCAGCUUCGAUGAUCGAGUUCUCGAAGUGGUGGCCGUUUUUGGAUCCGUUCAAAUGGCUGCUUCCCGGCUGAUCAACUUGCAACAUCAUCGGAUCGCCCAGUGCCAGAGCGUUCAGAUCAAUAUCCUGGGCGAUGAAGAGAUACCCAUCCAGGUUGACGGUGAGGCUUGGCUACAGCCCCCCGGAAUGAUCCGAAUCCUGCACAAAAACCGUGUGCAAAUGUUGUGUCGCAACCGGAGCUUAGAGCUCUCGCUGAAGAGCUGGCAGGAGAAACAGCGCCAACACAGCAUCUCCAUUCAGCGGGACACCUCUUCCACCACCUCCGAGCACGCCACCUCUACCGACGAGGUCAUUUCGGAGCGAGAGUGCUAUGUGCUCCUUAACUUUAUAGAGGCAGUCAGUUCCCUGGUGAAGUGGGUCAAGUUCUUGAUCAUCUCCCACCCGGCCUUGCAGCACGAUCUAUACGCAGUGGCCUGUCGAGCCAGCGAAGCUCUUGAAAGUAUUCACCCACAGGGAAAGUUGCUAGAAGGACCCUCGCUGCGCACGAAGCUAGUGGAGGUCAUCGACUCCUCGCGACAAUUGUACGACGACGCCUGCACCUUGCUGCGUGAUCGGGGCCACAGCCUGAUCCUGCGGGAGGACUUGGAGACCAAGCUUAGUGCAGCCCUGGCGAAUAUGGAGAUGGAGCUGAAGAAGUGCUCUGUCCAGAAGUGUAUUGACGGAAAGCUGCGGGCCUACUUCAAUGUCCUGGCACCCAACGAGGAGCCCGAUGCCCGUCGAAAAUCAAGACCCUUCUGGGUACGCUUGCGAUCAGGAUCUACAGCCGGCCAGCAGGCAUUUAAGCCUCCUCUAACCAACACCCGUGAGGCGGCCAACAACUGGAGUGUCAACGAGGUGGUGACCUGGCUGGAGACAAUGCAGCUUUCGGAAUACGUAGACAGCUUCUUGAAGAACGACAUUCGGGGCAAGGAGCUACUAACCCUGGGAAGGCGCGACCUUAAGGAUCUGGGUGUAGUUAAGGUGGGACACGUGAAGCGCAUCCUACAGGCCAUUAAAGAUCUCAGCGAGAACUAAGAUGCAGUGAGGUAUUGGCAACCUAGUACAAAACACAGUCUUCGAACAGAGCUCUUAGAGUUUAAAGAGGGAAAUAAGUUGUAAAGUUGCAAACAAGCUGGGGAGAGGAUAUUUUUAUGGGAAAACUGCACACAACAAUCAUUAACUUAUAGGCUAGCUAAGCUAACAAAGUAUAAUCUUAAAAAAUGAAAUGGAAAAGUACACAUUAUAUACACAUCGAGUACGAACAUUAAUAAGUAGUACCAUUUACGGACGCACUUCUCCAAGAAAGGAUAACUUGGACGGCUGCAAUAUUCAAAUGGCAGAGAGUAGGACCUACAUAUUUUUGAAUUCAUAGAAAUGUAAGCGAGAUAUAAAGUUUAAAUCGAAAGACGAUGCUAUGUUUUAUCUUUUGUGUGCGAUUAUAUCAAAAUCAUAAACACUAAAAGAUUGGCAAUUUAACGAAUUUAAAUGUAGAAGCACAUACAAAACCUAAAUUAAUAUACAACAUCUGUUAGAUUGCAAGUGUUUAUCUUUCAAGUUACGCUUAAUAUGUAUAACAAGCCCCAACCAAAUCAGCCCAAUGAUCUAGUUAAACACCCGACUUACCACGGAACUUAAAACCAAACCGAUUCUAAACCUAUAAGCAAUUAAAAUUUUACAAGCCCAUACCUAAGCCCCAAUCUAUUGUGGACAUAUAUAAUAUUCUUAUACAAAUACGUAGAUAUUCGAAACUAUUGUUAAAUCGGAUUGAUGCUAUAAUUAUUUAAAUGCAACAAUGAAAAGUCUGUUAAACGUGUCAUAAUUUGUGGUAUAACAAGAAACUAAAACAUGUUUAUUUAAAUUUAAUUGUUAGGUCCAGUGACGUUUUUUCAAGAAUAAGUUUAGGCUAGACUCUCGGAGAAUCUGGUGGCGUAUUCCAGAACCCAAAUAAAUUAAUUUGUUACAAUAUACAAGCAUAUGAAAAAUAUAUAAGCUAUUAAUAGAGCGAAUCAUUUUUGGUAUACAUUUAAUCUUUUUAAGUGUAUCCGAAGAAAAGAAUCACGACUUUUAUGAAUUCCUUUAAGUAUUAGGGCGGCAUUGUGCUAAUUUUUUUAGACCGAUUUUCAUUUGAUUUUAAGUGCGACUGUGUAGCCCUAACCCUAGAUAUAAAAUCAUAAACAUAUAAAUAGCUGCAUAUGAGUAACAACUUGAAAAUAUAUGCUUUAGGCCGGUUUUAAAAGGUUACUCUAGGUGCCUCCCAUCGAGUGAUUUUUUGAAACAGUCGGCUCUUAGGCAUUGUAUUCCGUAACAAAUCACUUGAGCGACGUCUAAAUGUUAUAUUAUAUUAUGAUUUAAUAUACAAGUAUAAAUGAGCCCAGACCAGCUCAAUUGAUUUGUUAUUACGACACAUCUAUGUAUUUGCACCCGUAGUCAUUUGAUUAUUUAAAAAUGUUCCCACACAUAUUUCUGAAACUUGUUACGCUUAUGAUUACCCUUAAUAAAAAAUAAAGAACAAUUAACAAAACGAACUACGGAAUAUAAUAGAAUAUCUAAUCAAUUGAAUAAUAAACAAAAUUAUAUUUUAGGAAUAAAAACACACAUUGGUACAUUUUUCGACACAUGUAUUUUCGAGCAAACUUUAACGAACUUAAACCAUAAUUAUACCUUAUCAUAUAAAGUUAAAAGAAAAUAUUUAAGUAUUACAUUAAACUAAAAACGGCAAUUCGAAUACCCCUUUUCUUCGAAUUUUCAUACCUUAUAGAAUUUAUGUUUCUUUUGUUUCCCAAAACACUGUGAUAACAGCUUUCUAUAUUCCUGUAAAAAAAAAACUACGCAAAUAAAGCAAGCAAUGCAUUGCAAUAUAAACAUUUCGUCUACAAUCAGUAUAUAGGUGAUACCUAGAAAAACAAUUAAGCAGCAAUAAAUGUUAAACAAAAUUAAUAAUGAAUGAACUUCAACAGCCUAUUCCCAGUAAAAAUACAAGUUUUUUUCCAGACAUUGUGUAAUUAAACGUAUUCCUAAACUCAUAAUGUUAUGUGAAAAGCAAACUAACAAUUUUCUAUCAAGCUAAACUAAAUCAAUUAUAAUAAAAUCCAUUUUUUUAAAAAAAACUCCUAAAUAAAACCAACUGUAAU